AGUAUGUUCCUGUUGGUUGAAUAAUACCUGCCCCCUUUCUUCUCUCCCAUUUUCCAAGCUCAGAGAAGCAGAAUGGACUCCUGACUUUGGCCCUGCAAACUUUGUUCCCAGAUGGGGAGCAACAGUAACAGGUGCUCGAAAAUUCCUCAUAGCGUACAACGUCAAUCUGCUGUGCACGAAGGAGCUGGCGCACCGGAUAGCCCUGAACAUCCGGGAACAGGGCCGUGGGAAGGACCAGCCUGGGCGACUGAAGCAGGUGCAAGGCAUGGGCUGGUACUUGGAGGAGGAGAACAUUGCUCAGGUCUCCACCAACCUGUUGGAUUUUGAAACCACCCCCCUCCACGCGGUCUAUGAAGAGGUCUGCAGGGACGCUCGGGAUCUCAACCUCCCUGUGGUAGGAUCUCAGCUUGUGGGCCUAGUCCCCAAAAAGGCCAUACUGGAUGCAGCAGAAUUUUAUAUAAACCAAAAAAAUCUCUUCAUUCUUGAGGAAGAUCACAAAAUCAGACUGGUAAUUUGACUCAACUUUCUGUACGUUCUGUCACUCCCAUUUGAUCCGGAGGGGAGGGGAGCUGUGGAGAUGGUGCAGGAUGGGAACGAGAGUGGCUGCCUGGUCUCUCUGCCUCUUCGCACCUUGGUGCAGAAAGUCGGGUCCCGCUCCGCGGCUCCCGGGGGAGGAUCCGUCUCGGCCGCAAUGUCCUCUCUGGGUGCGGCGCUGGGCUGCAUGGUGGGACUGAUGACCUAUGGAAAGCGUCAGUUUGAAGAACUGGACCCAAUUAUGAGGCAGUUAAUACCUCCCUUUCAUCGGGCCAUGAAUGAGCUGGUGGCCAUGGUGGAUGAAGACUCCAUGGCUUUCAGCAGCUACAUGGAGGCUAUGAAACUUCCCAAGAGCACACCUGAGGAGAAAGAAAGGCGCACAGCAGCCAUGCAACUGGGCCUGAAAAAGGCGGUUGGCGUCCCUUUCUCACUGGCAGAAAAAGUUAAUUCCUUAUGGCCUUCCCUAAAAGAGAUGGCUCGUCACGGAAACUUAGCCUGCAAAUCAGACAUCCAG